CUUCUAAACAAUUAAAGGUGUUUUAUCUGAAAACUUAUCGUCUCGGCCUCGUAAGAAUAAAAACUAAUUGCUCUAUAAAUUUAAGCUUCAAGAAGCUGAGAAAUGAUCAACGCGUUUAAGACCGUCCGAUUAGGCCGCAAAGUCACUGGAGUUAGUUUUGCCACCGCUUCUGACCAUCAAAAGAUGGAUAAAAAGCCUGAAAAUCCAAACGAGAAAACCGGUGACGUGAUGUCGCAUUCGUUUGGAGAAGGGUACGCGACAAGGUCUGAUGAAGAAGGGUUUGGAGGAACUUAUGGAGGAAAUCAAACUCUUCAAAAGGAUAACGAGAUCCACGAGAACCACCCUGAUUAUGACAAAACUCAAGGUAGCGAAGCCAAGGAGAAGGAGAAAUCAAGGAAUCAGACUCAAGCUCACUAAAGAAGAAGAAGAAUGAUUUACUUUUUUUGUUGUUCUUAUGGUACAAUAAAUCCAGCUUGAUCUUGCUAGUUUGUUGUAUACUAUCUGUUUUGAGUUUUUUUUUUUUUUCUAUUUCAAUUGCGUCUUUUGUUGACACGCAACCUUGCCGGUUUUUUCUUUUUAAAAUUAUCCUUACUUAUGUAACAGUACUCGUUGAAUAAGUAGUUCUUGUUGAUUAUUGAACUUACCCUUUUGACU